UAAGAUGAAAUAAAUAAUACUAGAUUCUAAAUAAGCCUUUGAAGCCUGUUCUACAAAGUCAAACCCUUUGUAAAGUUCACCUUCUUUAGAAAAUGGCCGACAUUUCAUGUUAGUAUUUAUCUAUUCAAGCAAUUUCCCACCCAGGGAACGCUACUUCGUCUACUAUCCCUCUCUAGAUCUCCUUCUCCAAAUCUUUGAAAUCUUCGAUCUCUGAAGUUCCUGCAACAACCAUCUUAUCUCUUUUUAGGGAGAGAAAAGGUGCUAGCUUUCAAACGCUUCUUAUUUGUUUGUACAUAUUUCUUACUAUUUUCUCAUUUCGGGAUUAUUGCUCUCUGUUUCUGUUCUAUUACAAGAGGCUGCUAUACUUGACUUUGAAAAACUUGUGAAAUUCUUCGUGGAUUGCGUUGACUUUUUGUUUUUUACUCCGACGUUUCAAUUCUUGAGAGGUUUCAGAGAUAUACCCAGUUAGGGUUUUUUAUAUAUGCUGUUGAUUGAUUGAUUGCCUUGUCCAAGCUUGACCCUUUUUCCUUAUCUGGGAUUUUAGUCUUCAUACUGUUAUUACUAUAUAGUCUAUGGGUGAAAGUGAUAAGCUCCAAGGUAGUAUUGUCGUAUCAGAAACUAACGUGGAGAGAGAUGAGGACAAUAUGACAGCAGCUCUUUUGCCUGCCAGAAAGGGUGGAUUGUCGUCUUCAUCCUCCAAGAAAUCAGUGAAGCCAAAGAGGAAAGUUCAGUGGAAUGAUACCAAUGGGAAUAAGCUGGCAGAGGUGAAGGUAUUCCAACCUAGUGAUGACAGUGACUCCGAGGAAGAGGAUUCUGAUAACUGCAUGUGCACCAUAAUGUAGUAGAGCUCCUUCAGUAUGGUGAUUUGGAUAACAUACCCUCGACGACAAUAUAAUUUGUACAGGUUUCGCCUUUUUCUAUGAGUAAUACUACUGAUUCUGAGGGUGGAUUGAACAAAAACGAACUGAUUAGUUUCAGUUAUAAAUGCCUAAUUCUUCUCUUAAGGAGAUUAUAUAUAUAUAAAGCAGAACAAGUGUAACAUUCCUCAAUCUUCACUUGUAAAUUAUAGGAUUUCGUAAUCUUUUUUCCCAAUCUUGUUCUUAUGUAAUUCCAGUUAUGCCCGCUGGCCUU